AGCAUCAGUCUCUCUGAAAAUGCCUAUAAAUAUUGAAACAAUGCUCAAACCCACUUCAUGCUAAAACUUCAUAAACCAUUCUCUCAAUUCAUUUAAAAAGAAAACAAAAAAAACCCACACUUCAUUCUUUCAAGUAUAUUUGUGUGCUUUAAUUUUUGGUAUUGUCUACAAUGGCCAAGAAUAAUAUUAUGGCUCAGUCUCCCCUUGAAAGAACCAGCUUGAUUUCACUUGACCAGAAGCUAGCCACGGCCAAGCGCUGCUCCCAUGAGGGUGUUGUUGCAGGAGCCAAGGCAGCUGUAGUUGCCACGGUUGCAACUGCUAUUCCAACUUUGGCAAGCGUGAGGAUGCUGCCUUGGGCAAGAGCCCAUCUCAAUCACACUGCUCAAGCUCUCAUAAUCUCAACAGUGGCUGGAGCAGCAUAUUUUAUAGUAGCUGACAAGACAGUUCUGGCAUCGGCACGGCGAAACUCCUUCAAACAUCCCUCACAUUCUGGCUUUGAGGCAUGAAAUUCUAUGAGCUAGCUUAAACUAGUCCCAUCUCAACCCUGUAGUUCUUUUAUUAUGAAACUCUCAUGCUCUGAAUUAGCGUGUAAUGUAAUAUAAAUAACUCUAUGGAAUUCAAUUCCAUAGUUUAUCUCAGCUUUUGUGCUUAUGGAUAUCAUAUUAUGAUGUUUGGUUGCAA